AUGGUCCUGACGCUGCUCCUCUCCGCCUAUAAGCUGUGCCGCUUCUUCACCAUGUCGGGCCCACGGCCAGGCGCUGAGCGACUAGCGGUGCCGGGGCCGGACGGGGGCGGCGGCGCGGGGCCGUGGUGGGCCGCGGGCGGCCGCGGGCCCCGCGAGGUGUCGCCCGGGGCGGGCGCCGAGGUGCAGAGCGCCCUGGAGCGCACGCUGCCGGAGCUGCAGCAGGCUCUGUCUGUGCUGAAGCAGGCGGGGGGCUCCCGGGCCGUGGGCGCAGGCCUGGCCGAGGUCUUCCAGCUGGUGGAGGAGGCCUGGCUGCUGCCGGCCGUGGGCCGAGAGGUAGCCCAGGGUCUGUGCGACGCCAUCCGCCUGGACGGCGGCCUCGACUUGCUGCUGCGGCUGCUGCAGGCGCCGGAACUGGAGACGCGCGUGCAGGCCGCCCGCCUGCUGGAGCAGAUCCUGGUGGCUGAGAACCGGGACCGCGUGGCGCGCAUCGGGUUGGGCGUGAUCCUGAACUUGGCAAAAGAGCGCGAGCCGGUGGAGCUGGCGCGGAGCGUGGCGGGCAUCUUGGAGCACAUGUUCAAGCACUCGGAGGAGACGUGCCAGCGGCUGGUGGCGGCCGGGGGACUGGACGCGGUGCUGUACUGGUGCCGCCGCACGGACCCGGCGCUGCUCCGCCACUGCGCGCUGGCGCUGGGCAACUGCGCGCUGCACGGGGGCCAGGCGGCGCAGCGGCGCAUGGUGGAGAAGCGCGCCGCCGAGUGGCUCUUCCCGCUCGCCUUCUCCAAGGAGGACGAGCUGCUGCGGCUGCACGCCUGCCUCGCGGUGGCGGUGCUGGCAACCAACAAGGAGGUGGAGCGGGAGGUGGAGCGGUCCGGCACGCUGGCGCUCGUGGAGCCGCUCGUGGCCUCGCUGGACCCCGGCCACUUCGCCCGCUGCCUGGUGGACGCCAGUGACACGAGCCAGGGCCGCGGCCCCGACGACCUGCAGCGUCUCGUGCCGCUGCUGGACUCGUCGCGCUUGGAGGCGCAGUGCAUCGGGGCUUUCUACCUCUGCGCCGAGGCGGCCAUCAAGAGCCUGCAGGGCAAGACCAAGGUAUUCAACGACAUCGGAGCCAUCCAGAGCCUGAAACGCCUGGUUUCGUACUCCACCAACGGCACCACGUCGGCGCUGGACAAGCGUGCGCUGCGUCUGCUGGGUGAGGAGGUGCCGCGGCCCAUCCUGCCCUGCGUGGCCAGCUGGAAGGAGGCCGAGGUCCAGACGUGGCUGCAGCAGAUCGGCUUCUCCCACUACUGCGACAGCUUCCGGGAGCAGCAGGUGGAUGGCGACCUGCUUCUGCGGCUCACGGAGGAGGAGCUCCAGGCCGACCUGGGCAUGAAAUCGGGCAUCACCCGCAAAAGGUUCUUCAGGGAGCUCACGGAGCUCAAGACCUUCGCCAACUAUGCUACGUGCGACCGCAGCAACCUGGCCGACUGGCUGGGCGGCCUGGACCCGCGCUUCCGCCAGUACACGUACGGCCUGGUCAGUUGCGGCCUGGACCGCUCCCUGCUGCACCGCGUGUCCGAGCAGCAGCUCCUGGAAGACUGCGGCGUCCGCCUGGGCGUGCACCGCGCCCGCAUCCUCACGGCCGCCAGAGAAAUGCUACACUCGCCGCUGCCCUGCACGGGCGGCAAGCCCAGUGGGGACAUCCCAGAUGUCUUCAUCAGCUACCGCCGGAACUCAGGCUCCCAGCUGGCCAGCCUCCUGAAGGUGCACCUGCAACUUCACGGCUUCAGUGUCUUCAUUGACGUGGAGAAGCUGGAGGCGGGCAAGUUCGAGGACAAGCUCAUCCAGAGUGUCAUCGGCGCCCGCAACUUUGUGCUGGUGCUGUCAGCUGGGGCGCUGGACAGGUGCAUGCAGGACCACGACUGCAAGGACUGGGUGCACAAGGAGAUUGUGACUGCUUUGAGCUACGGCAAGAACAUUGUGCCCAUCAUCGAUGGCUUCGAGUGGCCGGAGCCCCAGGACCUGCCCGAGGACAUGCAGGCUGUGCUCACCUUCAACGGCAUCAAGUGGUCUCACGAGUACCAAGAGGCCACAAUUGAGAAGAUCAUCCGCUUCCUGCAGGGCCGCUCCUCCCGGGACUCGUCCGCAGGCUCGGACACCAGUUUGGAGGGGGCCGCCCCCAUGGGCCCGACUUAACCAGCCCUUCGUUCCCAAGCCCUGCCGUGACCCCCAUCUCCGUCGUCCCCCCUGAAGAAGCAGCUCCUCAAACCGGCCCCCCUCAGCGGCCAGCAGCCUGGGCCGUUCUCAGGAAAUGACUGUCCCUCUCUCCCCACCCCCAUGGGCCACCUUAGAGUCUGGAAAGGGAAGGGAAGCCGGGCAUUGGGGGUGGUGAGGGUCAGACCCCAGCCCCAGGCCCUGCCACCAGGUUUUCUAGCUCAGGUGUGGGAAAGGCACACUACACCCCCUCUCACCCUGACAGCUUGAGUAGGGGGAAGGCAGGCAGCCUCUGACAAGAGUCAGGGCCACGGCCACCCUCUCAGCGGGGCCAGGACCCGGCUCCUGGCCAGCUGGCACCAUGGUCCAGUGACGGCUCUCCACCUAGAUCAUGCCUGGCUUCUGGGCACACCGCUUCCUGCCACCCUGUGGCCUUGACCUGUAACCACUCAGUGUCCUUAGCUGGCCUGGCCUGGUCCCAAGUCCCCUCCCAGCCUUUCUGAGGUGCAGCCCCCUUAGCCACAUCCAAGGUCAGGGCUGAGCCCACCCUCACUCUGGCUGGUCUGCGGCUACGGCCAGCUUUGCUGCACUCGGUGGUGCAAAGGAGCCCCCUGCUUGGGCCUGGGCAGCUGAGGCCGUCUCAACGGGCAGCUAGCCACCCUACUAACCCUUGUCGCUGUGCCUCAGGUCCCUGCUGGCCUGGCUCGGCUGGUUUCCCAGGCCCCUUCCCCACCCACGUGCUCGGGGGGAGGGGAGGCCGGGGGGAGGCAGCACCCUGUGGCAAUGGCAGCAGUCUGGGCAGAAUCUGCGGCAACACGUGGAGAGCCAAGAUCCUGAAGGCCCAGGCGUGCAUUUGAAUCCCCCCCCUCCUGGGAAUUUUGCUAAAAUUGCAUUCAAGAGACCAGGGCGGGGCCUGGGUUUCUGCAUUGCUCACUAAUUCCCAGGGGAGUGGAUGCUGGUGGUCAAGGAAUGACCCCCUUGAACGAGCAAGGCUCUGAAACACAAAUCCCUCACAAGUAUCUGCCGUCUUCCAGACACACCGCUCCAUGGUUUCUGUAGGCACCGAAGCAAACCCUACGCGGGGUGAUCUCCAUGUGACAGAGAGGGAAGUGAAGGACGCACCAUUUCCCAAAUCACUGGUGGCAGUCCCGGGACCCAGGCCAGGCUGCCUGGUGCUCUGUCCACUGCCCAUCCUGAGAGUCAUCCCGGAGGAGGCUGUACCCCGGGCAGGGCUGCUUUCUCCUUUGCUCCAAGAGUCUAGCAGGGCGAGAUGGAUUUGCACAAAGUAAGGCUGACCCAGGAGCUGUGCAGAGAUAAAUGAGCAGGAAUGUCCCUCAGCCCCUUUCCCCACUAGGGUAGGGGAGCAAGGAGGUGGCCUCCCUCCAGUAAACCCAGGCUUUGGCUAACAGGGUCAGCUGGACCCGGCCCUGCCUCUUCCCCGCCCCGGGGCCAUGAGCUCACACCUCAGGCUGGCUCAGCUUCCAGAACCACCUCCCACAGGUGCUGCCCGGGUCACUCGGAGCUCUCGAGCCACAUCAUCAGAAAAGUCAAAGGUCUCGCUUCAGGCUUGGGACUCAUUCCUUCCACUCCCCCUCCGGCCGGAGACACGGUCUUAAGCGGGUCCUGGCCCCAGCUCUGGCCUCCACUGCUCUCGAUGCCUUCAUGCCACACGAGUGCCCUUCAGUGCCAGGCCCUGGGUGCGAUGAUGACUGAAGCAGACUGGACGCUGCCUUUGCAGAGCAGAGACAGUAACAAUAGCGUGGGAUGACUACCCUCCAG